AUGUUAGCACGAAUGGGUUAUACGAAUGUUAAGGUGAAUUUUGUUUCUUAUGUGAACCCCUUCAAAUUCGCUGUCACGAAAGGCAGGAAAAUUUCUUCGGUACGAAUCACAAGGUAUCACUCACGAGCUGUUAUAAAAGGCAUAACUUCUGUUCACUAUAACUGCAUGAGGGGUGCAGCAGUGGGAGAUUAUUUUGUGCAUGAACUUGAUUUUAUGAAAUGUAUUUUACCAAAGAAUGGCACAAAGUUAGGAAAGGAUUCGCCACAACCAAAAAGCAAAAGAGAACCAAUUAAAGAGUCUAAAUUAAUCACGAUCGUUUUAAACAAUGCACUAUGUGAAAAUUCAAAGAAAAUUAUUGCCAAGUCAGACAUAUUAAUAUGCGCCGAUGGGGGUGCAAACAUACUGUAUAAUAUGUGCCAAUCUUUAGCUAAGGAAAAAAGUACAAGUGAUAAGUCCUGUUCAUUGGAAGGCAAAGCGAAAGGGGAUAACACAUCUCUUUAUACAUUAUACACAAAUGAGCAAAAUGGUAUAAAAGAUAACAAGUCGUCUGAACAUGAGCACCAACAUGGGAGAGAUACAAUCUCUGAUUUGUUCAAAAUGCGAAUAAAAAAAAAUGAAGAUACAGUGAAAUGUCUGACCAAAAUAGUACCUGAUUUAAUUUGUGGUGAUUUUGAUAGCAUAAAUAAACAUGUGUACAAGUUCUAUAAAAACAAAUCAGUCUUAUUUGAGAAAUGUGAAAACCAGGAAAACACAGACCUUGAUAAAUGUAUAGAUACGAUAAGGGGAUACAUUAUGGAGAAUGAUAAAAUAUUAAUUGUAGGGGCAACAGGAAAUAGAUUUGAUCACACAUGUGCAAAUAUUUCUUCUUUAUACAAAAAUGUUUCUUUAUGUGGUAGUAUAUAUUUAAUUGGGGAAAAUAAUUUCCUCUUUUUACUUAAGAAGGGAAGUCAUAUUAUACAUAUAAAUCCUCAAAUUUUUGAAAAAGGUUGUGGUAUUUUACCCAUUGGAGCCAAGUGCAAUGUUAAAACGGAAGGGUUGAAAUAUAACUUGAACAAUGAAUAUCUCAGUUUUGAUAAACUUAUCAGUUCAUCAAAUGAGGUUCUUCAAAAUGAAGUCAAAGUUUUUAACGAUUCUCCCGUUAUUUGGUGUUCCCAGUUAAGAGCUGUGUGUAAGGGUUAA